UUUGGCGCUCAACUUUCUCGCAACUGUUUAACUGAGUUCUCGGAACAUUUUUUUAUUUGAAUUUCUAUUGUAAUUGUUGUUAAUUAGAUCGUAUAGUGUUUGUCAUACGAACAAAUAUGUGGAGUUAUUCGUCCUGUAAUAAACUUAGCGUAGUUUCAGUGUACAAACAUGUGACUUAAGUCUUCGGUGAAUUGUUGAACACAAACUGUCACAAUCUUCGCAUUAUUUUAGCCGCAACAUGAAAAUAAGAUUGUCAUAUGCCCGAAAUGUUUCUCAACGACGAAUAUAAUAAUAGGCGUUCUUAACGCAUCUGAACUGCAAGAUGAGGACAGGAAAUAAUCCCUGCUGCAGCUGGAGCGGCUCUGCCAGAGCCACAAUCUUUGUUAUCAUCCUGCCAGCGGCCACUUCCGCCACGUCUUCAGAUCUGUACCACUUUUCCACCGCCGAAAAUGCAACCUCGAUGGAAACCCUCUACGAGCCGUGGAAUUGCACGAAGCUUCCUUGCAAUUUCGAGAACGAAACUCUGACCCAUAACGACACCAACGACACGCUCAGCGAUGCGACCAGAGGCGAGCCUUUGGCCGACCUUAUUCUAAUGGGAUUUUUGUCAGUUGUUCUCGGUCUCAUGAUACUGGUCACGGUGAUAGGUAACGUUUUCGUGAUAGCAGCCAUAUUACUGGAGCGAAACUUGCAGAACGUGGCGAAUUACCUGAUCGUGUCUUUGGCUGUGGCCGACUUGAUGGUGGCAUGUCUUGUUAUGCCUUUGGGUGCUGUGUAUGCGAUAAGUAACAAUUGGAUUAUGGGUCCGGAGUUAUGCGAUAUGUGGACUUCUAUCGACGUCCUAUGUUGCACGGCAUCAAUUUUGCAUCUGGUUGCCAUCGCUCUCGAUCGAUACUGGGCCGUAACAAAUGUAGAUUACAUCCACACAAGAAACAGCCACCGAAUUGGUAUCAUGAUCGUGGUUGUUUGGAGUAUUGCUUUGGUGGUUUCACUCGCACCGCAGAUACCGCAAUUUAAAGACCCCGAAUACUUGAAGAGGAUCCAGGAAAAGCAUCAAUGCUUAGUUAGCCAAGAUCUCAAAUACCAAAUAUUUGCAACAAGUUCCACGUUCUACGUUCCUCUCUUAGUGAUUUUCGUUUUGUAUUGGAAGAUUUUUCAAACAGCAAGGAAACGGAUUAGGAGAAGAAGGGAAAUGAAGGGACAAGUCGUCUUGAAAGUCGAGAAAACAAACAAUAACAGUAAGAUGUCGAAGAAUUUUCUCACGAAGAGGAAAUUCCUCAAAAUGAAAAAAUGUUCAAGCAACAAGAAGUCUUCCGCUGCUGAAGCUUUAGUCUCGUCUCUCGUCAUGAUGGAAGGCCAGUCCACCACCACAAUGGAAAUAGUCGAAGAACAAGAUGAAGUCCAGAGCAACGGUAAGCAAGAAGAAACAACAGCUUUCACGAUAUCGAAGCCGCAAACAUCGAGCUUAGUUCAAAGCAACGCCGAAGUCCCGUUAGUUUCAAACAACGUCUCCCCGGAAAAAACCUCGUCAGCGACCACCAACAACGGCUCAGCGAGUCACCAAAGCCACAUCAGCGAUAUUAGUAGAGUAGAAAUAUUAAAUAAGGAUAUUCCCACGUGUCCGGCGUCCGUCGACAAGCUGAUACCGUCCAGGAGAGAGAAAAAGGAGAGUUUAGAGGCAAAACGGGAACGAAAAGCUGCAAAAACUCUAGCAAUCAUUACCGGAGCUUUCGUGAUGUGUUGGUUGCCGUUUUUUAUUUUGGCAUUGCUUAUGCCGUUGUGCGGGGCCGCUUGCACCAUCAGCGAAUAUAUCUCGAGUUUUGCCUUAUGGCUGGGGUAUUUCAACUCGACGUUGAACCCGGUUAUUUAUACGAUUUUCAAUCCGGAGUUCAGACAAGCCUUCAAAAGGAUCUUGUGUGGAGGACAUAGUAGAGGGCGCAAUUUCCGCUCGGGUAAAAUUAGAUAAAAAUAUGAGUUCCUGGUAAAUGCUGGCGCAGGAUUUUUGGUUCCCAAGGCAGCGGUCUGUCUUCCAUUGUCUUAAUCAAAACCGUUCAUAAAAAACUAACAUUUUCAGAACCGUUGAAAGAAUACUUAAGUAUUUGGAAAUUCCUUAUUCUUUCUGUUUUUGCAAAAUAACUUUGGUAACAUACAGGGUGUCAAUUUUAAAACUUGCAAUCGACAAUAUCUCUAGAACUAAAAACGUUAUGGAGAAUCACUCAAAACCGUUUCGGUG